AUGAAGUGGAUGUUUAAGGAGGACCACUCGCAGGAACACAGAUACAUGGAAUCCUCGAAGAUCAGAGUUAAGUACCCCAACAGAGUUCCAGUGAUCUUGGAAAAAGUCUCAGGCUCUCAGAUUGUUGACAUUGACAAAAGGGAGUACCUGGUUCCAUCUGACAUCACUGUGGAAUGACAUCAGUUCAUGUGGAUCACCAGGAAAAGGACCCAGCUUACUUCUGAAAAGGCAACCUUCCUGUUUGUGGACAAGACAGUCCCAGAGUCCAGCCUAACUAUGGGACAGCUUUACCAGAAGGAAAAAGAUGAAGAUGGAUUCUUGUAUGUGGCCUACAGUGGAGAGAACACUUUUGGCUUCUGAGGA